UGAAAAAUUCAUAGUAGUCUGUUAAUAUGACAGUGACACCAAAUUUUACUUCAUGGGAUCCCACUUUCCUCAAGUUUUUCUAGACGUGUGCCCCAGUAUUAUUAGCACCAAUCCUUCAAAUUUUAGAAUAACCAGAGCAUUGGAAAUGCUCAACCACCAACUCUUAACAACAUCAAAAUCAUCAUAUCCUUUCUUUCCUCUACCUAAAGUUCCAUGUAGUGCACCAAUCCUCCAACAAAACGUCGUCGCUAAUCGAAGGCCAACUUCUCCCAUAAGCUCAAUCAUUAAGAAAUGGGACUAAAAACAUUGUUUCACUUCAAAGCCAAGGUGAUUGAACCCUGUAGUAAACUUUUGUCCAUCUUCAAGCAUAAAAAUAAUGAUAUGCCUUCAAGGAGUCCUACAUUCCGUUUGCCUGCUGCUCGACGGACAAAACCCAAAAAAGUCAGAACCAAAACUGUCAGGUUUAGGAAACCCUUCUCCAUGAAGUCCUUAAGUUUCCCUCGUUGUCGCCCCAAGAAGAAACUUCGUGUAAAGAAAAGCCGGUCUUCAUUCUCCUCUAAAUUUAGAAAAACAUUUCGUCGAAAGAAGCAUGCCAAACCAUACAAGAAACCUGUUCAAAAGGUGAUGGUCAUGGGCGAUGUAACAAGUGUGAGUCCGUCAUCAGGAGGAGGAGGGCACGCAAAAGAGCCUUUCCCAUCACCUAUAACACCGGGGUAUGUACAUGUCAGAAUAAGCGACGAUGACAGCAGCAGCAAGAAAGAGAGCAGUUCCGAUGAUUUUGUGGAUGUACAAGAUGUAUGCAAAGACUUUGAGAAUUAUUUAGUGGAGAUGAUCGUCGAAGAAGGGAAGGUGAAGGACUUGAUGGACGUCGAGGAGCUUCUCUAUUGUUGGAGGAAUCUGAAAAGCCCUGUGUUCAUUGAUUUGGUAUGUAGGUUCUAUGGAGAAUUAUGCAGAGACCUGUUUUCUCCCUCAGAAGACGAGACUCAGAGUCAAAAAACAACUACAUCGAGUGAUAACAUCUAGUGUUCUUUUCUAAUUCACACUUAUUUUGAUGUCUUUCUCUUUUGCAAGUAAGAAUUCUUUAAAGGUACAUUGUUGUUACAUGUGCAGUUUUAACACAUUUGUAAUCUGUGGAACCAGACAUUAUAGAUUUCCUCCUUUUUUAGCAAUGAAACACAAAUUUGGUUCA